AUGCCUUCCAUUGCUAGCGAAACCCCGACCAGCUCUAGCGUUGUGCCAUCUUCUGUCAUCGUUGAGCCCUCCAGCUCUGCAUCAUCGUCUGCAGCGCUCCCCUCGACAUCUUCUACUUCGUCGUCAAUCCUAGUGUCCUCUACGCCUGUCGCGACCCCGCUACCUUCGUCGGGCGGUCCGUCUCCAACUCAAUCCUGCAUUGCACGAUCCGCAAACUACGUUUCGAACGGCAACUUCGAGAGUGGAGCACUCAGCGGCUACACCAUCGACACAAGCCGCUCAACCGUCAGUAUCGUCAACGACGCUUCAUCCGCCCACUCCGGUAGCUACUUCAUUCGCGGAACAAGUACCGAGAACAACAGCAAAGAUAACAACAAGGCCAUCUUCACGCGCUACAACAUCAAUAUCCCUUCGGGCACCAAGGUCGUGGUAUCCGCAUGGUUCAAGUCGCUAAGGUCUGAGACUGAGAGAAUCCAGCGUUUCAGGAUCUACCUAGAUGGCACUGAGCUUGGUAAUUUCGUCCCUGUCAAUGGUGAUAAGAAGUGGGUCAGGGUCGGCAAUACCGAGUCGACGCCUCACACUGUCUCGAAGGCUAUGACGCAUAAGCUUGAGUUCCGUGUCGACAACAACCCCUCUGAUGGUCCAUACUUUGACAUCGAUGAUGUUUCUAUUGUGGCCGUUGACUGCAGUACUGUUAAGCUCAUCAGUUACUGA